GUUUAUUGUUGCUAUUUGGGUUUAAUUCCAAAUGGUGGCGCCCGAAUGUAUAUAUCGAUGUGGACGGGUCUCAUCAACAAAGUGGACCAUUUACCUGCAAGUCAUAUUUCGGAUAUUUUCCUGUCCACUAGUUUCAAUAGCACUGGUUUUAUUAUUUAUUUAUUGGAGAUUAUUUACUUACAUAAUAAAUAUAACACAGAGAGAAAAACCAUCAAGACAGGAGGAAUAAAA